AUGGCUUCCUUUCUCUUCCCAACUGCUGCAAUUACUCUCCUUCUCCUAGUCCUCUCUCCUUCUCCUAGCGUCGCCGGCCCCAUCCUAGAUGUGGACGGCGACAUACUACAAAAUGGAGGGGACUACUACAUCCUUCCAGCCUUUCGUCCAUUGAUCUCAUCGGCCGAAGGUGGCCUUAGAUUGACACCAGCAGAGGACUCUUCACCCUGUCCUCUUUUUAUAACCCAUGACUGGUCCAAAAGAGGCUUGCCUGUGAAGAUCUCGACCCUUUUUAAAAUACCGAUCCUUAAGACUUCAUAUCCAAUCAUAUUUUCCUUUGAGAAGGUCUCCACCACCUGCAAUAAACCUUUGAGGUGGUGGGUAGCCCCUAGUGAUGCCAACGACAAAUCGUACGUGAUUGUCGGUACUUCUGGACCAUUCAAGCCUACUUAUUCAUUCCAUAUUGAAGAAAAUAAAUAUGCUAAGGGUUUCUACUUUAUUAAGUUUUGUCACACAAUCGAGUCCGAAAUUUUUAGAGUUUCAGCUAUGGACUGUAAGGAUGUUAGUAUUCUUGAUGAUGGAAAAUUAGGAGUCGCCGAGGAUAGGACUUAUCCUUUUAUUUUUAAGAAAUAUUCUCCAAAAAAGAUUGCAUCUGAUGUUUAG